AUGUCGUUUCAAACCGCUUUGAUCGCCAACAACCGCUCUCACCCCGCCGCAGCCGCAGCCGCAUCCCCGCUGUCGCCGGGCUCCUCAUUCUCCUAUGCAGACACGGAUGCAGACAUGCGCCAGACUCGCCUGCAAUACGAGCAGCAGUUGGCCGACGGCGCUGCAGACGAUCCUCUGGACCAAUGGUCGGCCUACAUUGGCUGGAUUCGACAGACGUAUCCAGGUUGCCACACCACGCCGCAGAUUGGCGGACUGGCAUCCGUACUCGAGCGCUGCUGCUUUGCCUUUCAGCGCGACGAGCGAUAUCGCAGCGACGUGCGCUUUUUGCGCAUUUGGAUGAGCUUUGCCGAAAUCUGCAACAACGCACCCGACGUGUUUGCCUACCUGCUCCAGAACAGAAUUGGCACUCAGCACGCUCUGCUGUACGAGUCGUGGGCUAGUGCCUUUGAAAAGCAGCUCGCCUUUGCUUCUGCUCGCCAAGUCUACGAAGCUGCCAUUGCCAAUAACGCCAUGCCAAUCGACCGGCUGAAGCGUUCGUUCGCGUCCUUCCAACGACGUGUUGUCAUCAACAAUGCCAAUGCGAUGGACGCCCCAUCCAUGCCAGUCAAGCCAGUGGCUGUGCAGACCGGUGUUGUGUUUGACGGAUUCAAGUCGCUGCAGUCGCCGGCUCCAACUAUCUCUGUCAAAACGAUGCAAGAUCAACCAAUCAAAUCGACCACGUCAUGGGCUGGUCAGCAGCUUGUUGGAUCACCAGUGUCGACGCCCGCUGCCACUAAAGCGAGUUUCAGUGUGUGGGAGGACCCAGAGCUGGCCGCUUUGCCCGAACAACGAUCUGAUGUAGCUGGAUCCGCUGCACAGCGAGUCGAUGGCCACAAGGCACGUCGGACGAGUGAGUCGCAACGCAUAGGACAAGCGCCCAUCCCGUCAUCUCAAGCCGCAACGCCGCGAGACACGGAUGGCUCUGGCUACUAUUUCAGCUUUGCAUUGAGCACUCUGGUCGAUGCUCAAGGCAAAGAGAUGCAGGUGGAGGAGGUUCGCGCGCGCCACCAAGCAGCUCGUCGCAUGGCAUUGCAGGCUGAACAACAGCGCCUGCUUCAGGUGGCCCAGCAGGAGGCAGAGGCGCGACAAGCCACGGCUGCCCUACAAAUGGAGGCUGCUGCGCAACACCUGCCAAGUACGGAAUCGCAAAUCCAAACUCCUUUGGCACUGCCUGAGAUUGCACUCCUUAAGAUCGAUGACGAAUCGCAACCACAAUCCUCACCUGCGACCGAGCCAGGCGAGUUGAUGGUCGCGAGCAGUGUGACGUCGCUGGCACCCUCUCCAAUGGCCCCAAGCCCUGCACCUGCUCGCAUGACGCCGUCUCCGCUCCCGAUUGCUGCCAUGCCAGUCUCCGCAGUGCUCGACGAGAACCAACAGGAUUCGACGCCCACAUCGCCGUUGGCACGACCGUCGCCCGUUCGCGUUUUGGCCAGCCAUGUGUUUGACAUGGCAGAGCCAGCAGCUGUUGGCACCAUCUCUUCGGGGCAUAGUGUGUCGCCGGUGCGUGUAUCGAGCGGUUCAGAGUCCAGCUUUGCCCGCGUGCACUCUGGGUCGUUUUCCGUGUCGCAGCCUUCAACUCCCAUCGCCCCUGCUUCCAAGCGCGAAUUUGCCAGCCCCGUGGUUACGCCCGUCAUGGCCAUUGCCACAGCUUUGCCAAGGGAGCUGGAGCCGUUGCGGGUCGUUGCACCUCGCAUUUCGCCGUCGCGAGAGGCUUUGGCGCCUCUGGAUUACCUUUUUGUUCAACCGUCUGCACAUCAGUCAACGUCUGCCGAAGAAGAGCUCGUGACGGAGCAGACGACCGAGGUUGCUGAGCCCCCUGCUGCUGCUGCUGCUGCUGCUACUGCUGCUGCAGCAAACCCAAUUCCUCCCUCCGAAGCGCCGCUUCUUGAUUUUGGGCUUGAUGACGAGAUUGCACCGAUGGGUCUUGACGAUGACGUGCUGCCCACAGCGGCGCGCCAUGCACCCGCGCGACGACUUUCAGUCACUCCCGAGUUCCGCUGCAACUUUACAAGCACAAUGACGAUGAACCUUCCGAUGCCACUUGCUCCUGUCUGUGAGGACGCGGCCGAAUACGGUGACGAAAAUGCCGAUUCGACCAAUUCGCAGUCUGCCCAACAACCCUCCGCUCCAGUCGAAUCGCGACCCAUCAACCCAUUCCAGGCCGACAUUAUUGACGAGUGCAUUGGCCGAGCUGUGGAGAUGCUUCGCGAGGCAGACCCGCUGUUUAUCAGCAUGCCCGAAACCGAGGAACUUCCCGCUGCGCUCUCUUCCCCGAAGACUGCUACGAAUACCGUCGUUACAUUGCCAUUCCCGGAUUCAGCGACUGGUGAGAUGCAGCCGCGCGUCUUCCGCAUCAAUCGACCGCUCGGAGAGGGCAUUUACGGCCAAGUGUAUUUGGCGAGCGACGAGUCGGCCAACGAGGAGGAGCGACUUCCUCCCGUUGCACUCAAGGUCGAGAAGCCGGCCACUCCAUGGGAGUAUUAUGUCUGUACAGAACUAGGCCGUCGUCUGAACGAGCUCGAUCUUGCCACAGCGUCGCGAUUGUUUGUUGGUGCUUGUGCGACGCAUCUGUUCUCGACCGCGAGCGUUACAUCGAUGGACUAUUUCCCGCACAGCUCGUUGCUGGACGCCAUUAACAUGUACGCGAGGGUCAAAAAGUCCAUGGACGAGGUGCUGGUCGUGUUUUACGCCAUCGAGUUGUUCAAGAUGCUCGAGUGCAUGCAUGCAAGCGGCAUUGUUCAUGCUGACAUCAAGCCCGACAAUUUGAUGAUUCGAGAUGAGGAGAGCGGCGAAUGCACAUCGGAAGAAGACUGGGAUUCCACAUGGCACCAAGACGGCAGUGCUGGCUGGGCGAGCAAGGGUCUGGCGUUGAUUGACUUUGGCCGAUCCAUCGACUUGCUCAUGCUGCCUGAAGACGUCCAGUUCUGCGGCAGCAGCAACACCGAGUCCUUCCUUUGCGUGGAGAUGCAGAAAGGCACGCCAUGGAAGUACCAAGUGGACACGUAUGCAGUCUUGUGCACAAUCCACGUGAUGCUGCACAACACUUACAUGGAGGUUAUUCAAGACCCGACCACCAAGCGCUGGAAGCCUCGUGUAAACUUUAAGCGGUACUGGCAAGCUGAAAUGUGGUCGGAAAUUUUCGACACUUUGCUCAACCCUGCGGAUCCCAUCGCGUUGCCGGACAUUGCCUCUCUUCGCGCAAAGCUCGAGGCAUAUCUGCAGGAGAAUCCAGCAAAGUCCAAGCUCAUCAAGUCGCUGCUGAUCAAGUUGAUUUCGCAACUUGCCGGUCGAUGA